CUCUCCCUGUAACUGCGUUGUACAUUUUCUUGAAUAGUUUUUUCCACCUUGCACCGCCCUUCCACCUCUCUCUCUCUCUCUCUCUAAAAAUUGAUGGAGAGAGGAGUCAUGACUGUUUAAGCCCAUUUCAGAGAGAGUUACAGAUUUUUGCUAUCUUGCGCACAUUUCUUUUUCUCUUAAGAAGGUUGUUCGGGAGAGAGAAAUUUUGUACUGGGUUUCUGCAGCAGAUCAUCAAGUGGGCUUCGAAAACCCUAGUUUUUGACGAUGGAAUUUGUGGGCAGAACUGUGAAGAAAGAAUUUCAAGGCUUUGGGGUCUUUGCUGGAACCAUAAAAUCGUUCGACCCCUCCUCUGGGCUCUUCGAAAUUGUUUACGAAGAUGGAGAUUCCGAGGAUAUGGACUUGGCGGAGAUAACGGUGCUUUUGGGGGGAAUGGCGGGGGAGAGUGGUUCUGCGGAGCUGAACCAGAAGCCGAGGGUCGGCCGAAAGCCGAAGAAGCGGCGCAGGGUCGAGGCGAAGCGUGAAGUUUGCGGGCAUGCAGCAGGUAAUGUUUCCGAUAAUAUGAUGAAUGAUGGUCAUUUUGGUAGUCACAAUGUGCUGUCUGAGACCCUAGAAAGGGAAUGGGCAGGGGCGAUUUUGCAAGAGUCUUAUUCUGGUAGUGGGAAUUCAAAGCAAUCUGUUUGUGCCGAUGUAAUUAAUUUGAAUGAUAGGAUUAAUUUGAAUGACGGGAUUGAUGCCCAUGAUGGGUUCGAUUUAAAUAAUGGGUUGAAUUCGAAGGAAGAGUUGAAUUUAAAUGUUGAAUUUGUUGAAAAAGUGAAGAGAAGCGAGAGUAUUGAUUUGAAUUUGGAUGCAAACGGUGAUUGUGAUGCAAAUGUGGAUGGUGGUGAUUCGGGUAGUUUGGGCAUGAAAGUCCAAAAGAGGGAAUGUCACUUUGAUUUGAAUUUGGGGUUUGAUGAUGAAAUGAAGAAUGCAGAUAAUGGAUAUGGAGAAAAUUUUGAAGGAAAUACUUCCUUGAAUGAGGAGAUUGGUGGAGUUGGUCGAGAAACUGAAAUUGAAGGUGGUGGUAUGAAUAGGAAUUUCGUGGGGCCUUGUCUUAAAAUUGCCGAAGGAAUUCCGGUGAGGUGUGGUAACAGUAUUGGGGAGCAUGUGUUGGGAGAUUCAUGUGUACUUUCUGUUGAUGACAUUCAAAAUGAGUAUGGUGUUCUAGGUGAAAGCUUGAAUAGAAAUGCUUCUUUUAGCAUUUUGGAUGCUAACCAUGUAAAGGAUGGUAACUUUUCUGAGGUCCAAGUGAAGGGGGGUUUUGGUGAGUCUGUUGCUGGGCACCAAGGUGAUUUUAGACACACUUACAAAGGAGGGAAUAUUGGUAGAAAAAGAAGAAAACUUGCGGAUGCUUCAAAACCUACAACUGAAGUAGUGCUGAGAAGAAGUAGAAGAAGAGGAUCAAUUUUGAUGUCUGCCCAUAAUCAUGCUGCAAGCACAACAAAAUCACAUACACUCAGUGAUAUAUCCUCGUCUCCUGCAGUUAGUACAGCCUCAGAGGGAAAGCCAUUCAUCUCGGGCUGUGAAGGACCUGAAGAACAUAGUGAACUUCCUCCAAAAGUGCAAUUGCCCCCUUCUUCACAAAAUUUGAAUUUAGAUGGGAUUCCCAUCCUAGAUGUUUUUUCUGUCUAUGCUUGUUUAAGGUCAUUUAGCACUUCAUUAUUUUUGAGUCCCUUCGAGUUUGAAGAUUUUGUGGCAGUACUGAAAUGCGAGUAUUCUACUUAUUUAUUUGAUUUCAUUCAUGUGUCUCUUUUGCAAACUCUGAGAAAGCAUUUGGAGUUUCUUUCUGUUGAUGGUUCUCAAUCUGCUGUUUAUUGCCUGAGGACACUUAAUUGGAGUUUGCUAGAUUUGAUCACAUGGCCGGUUUUUGUGGCAAACUACCUACUGAUUCACAGUUCUGGAUUGAAAUGUGGUUUCGAUCUUAAUUGCUUAAAGCUAUUUGAUCGAGAUUAUUACAAACAACCUGCACAUGUCAAGGUUGAGGUACUUCGUUGUUUAUGUGAUGAUGUGAUUGAAGUGGAAGCCAUAAAGGCAGAGCUUAGUAGAAGGUUAUGGACAGCUGAGCCAGAUUCAGAUUUUGAUCGGAAUGUGAACAGUGAGACUUGCAAGAAAAAGAGGAUUGAUGCUUUGGGUGGUACUUACUUGAUGCAGGAGGUGGUUGAAGAAACUACUGACUGGAAUAGUGAUGAGUGCUGCCUCUGUAAGAUGGAUGGAAGCUUAAUAUGCUGUGAUGGUUGCCCUGCUGCAUAUCAUACGAAGUGUGUUGGAGUUGCUAAUGAUCUUUUGCCAGAGGGUGAUUGGUACUGUCCUGAGUGUGUCAUUGACAAAAAUAAGCAGAUGAAAUUGCGAAAGUCACUUCGAGGAGCAGAGCUGUUGGGAAUCGAUCCUCAUGGCCGACUUUAUUUUGGCUGUUGCGAUUACCUACUGGUGUCUGAUUCCUGUGAUGCUGACUCAUCUUCCAAUUAUUACCAGAGUAAUGAUUUGAAUGUUGUUAUUGAGGUGCUAAAGUCAUCACAUAUUCAUUAUGAUGGUAUUUUAAGUGGAAUCUCCAAGCAUUGGAACAUUCCGGUUAGUUUGUUUAAACCAAGUACGAAUAUGAACUCUCAAAUUCAUACCAUAUGCUCAGAGGCAUGCGUUAAGGUUGAAAAGGUUGGUGACAAAGCACUAGAGCAAAUCUCAGUCAUUACCAGCAACUCUGGAUACCCUGGCUCCAAUUUUUCAAAGUCUGUUAACAUAGAUUCUGUGGCUGGGACCCACCAUAUGGAUAUGGAAAAGCCAUAUACAAGUUCUGAAGGGUCAGCUGAAAUUACACAAGCAAGUACAGGCAUUCAAAAUUUUCAGAAGCAGGGGCCUGACUGCUCGAAUGCAUCUUGUGAAAAUCUGAAUCAGUCUCUGACUCUAGCUUUGACAUCUAUCAGUUUGGACAUUAAACAGGAAAAAGAUGUAGAAACUGCAGUUCCUGGUCAUACAUCAUCCAUAAUAAGCCCAAGCAAAGGGAAUGCUUCAUCACAAGUGCAGUUGCGAAUUGGUUACAUGAACUGUUAUAGUUUUGCUCAAACAGCUUCAUCAGUUGCAGAAGAGUUGAUGCAUAAAUCAUCAAACAAAAUCAAUGAGAACUCUAUAAUGUCUGUUGAGGAAAUAAUUUCAGCUCAAUUGAAGGUCAUCUUGAAGAAAUCUACCAAGUUUUGUUGGCCAAGCAUUCAAAACCUCACUGUUGAUGCACAGAAAGAAAACUGUGGUUGGUGCUUCUCCUGCAAAGUUCCCAGUGAUGACAGGGAUUGCUUGUUUAAAAUGUGCCAUACAGUUCCUGUUUCAGAAGUUUCAAAAAAUGAGGUGGCUAGUGUUCGGUCAAAGAGGGAUAAGAAAGGCCAUCUUGUUGAUGUUGUCUGUCAUAUAAUGUCCAUUGAAGAUCGUCUGCGUGGGCUUCUAAUAGGGCCAUGGAUGAAUCCAAAUUACAGCAAGAUUUGGCGCAAAACUGUUUUGAAGUCGCCUAAUAUAGCAUCAGUGAAACACCUUUUGCUUACAUUAGAGUCAAAUUUGCAUCGUCUUGCUCUUUCAGAUGACUGGUUGAAGCAUGUAGAUUCUUUUGUUACAGUGGGGUCUGCCUCUCAUGUUGUAACUAGUUCCCCACGUGUAUCUUCAAAGCAUGGGAUCAGCAGAAAACGGGCCAAGAAUUCAGAAUCUGUCUCUAACUCUUCCGCUAAUAUUGCUACUGGGUUGGGUAUAUUUUGGUGGAGAGGUGGUAGGCUUUCAUGUCAGUUGUUCAGUUGGAAGGUUUUGCCACGAUUGUUGGUUUCCAAGGCUGCUCGACAAGCUGGGUGUACCAAGAUACCAGGCAUCUUAUAUCCUGACAAUUCAGAUUUUGCAAAGAGAAGCAAACAUGUUGCCUGGCGAGCUGCUGUAGAAACAGCAACAAGUGUGGAGCAGCUUGCCUAUCAGAUUAGAGACUUUGAUCUUAACAUUAGAUGGGAUGAUAUUGAAAAUACUCACCUUCUCCCAUUGUUGGGCAAGGAAUCAAAAAAAUCAAUCCGGGCAUUCAAGAAAGUUGUAAUCCGCAGGAAAAGCUGUGAAGGAACAGCUGUGAAAUAUCUUCUUGAUUUUGGCAAGAGAAGAAUUAUUCCUAAUAUUGUUUUGAGAUAUGGAUCCAUAUUGGAAGAAUCAUCGAGUGGAAGGAAGAAAUAUUGGCUGGAUGAAUCUCAUGUUCCUUUAAAUCUCUUGAAAGCUUUUGAAGAUAAAAGAAUUGCACGUAAGUCCACCAGUACAAAUUCUAGAAAACUUCAUGAGAGUGUCAGGAUAAUGAAGAAGCCUUUCAAGAAGAGGGACUUCUCAUAUCUUUUUUCAAAAGCUCAAAGAUCAGAGAAUUAUCAAUGUGGGCACUGUAACAAGGAUGUCCUGAUCAGUGAAGCUGUGAGCUGUCAGUAUUGUGAAGGAUUUUUUCACAGAAGACAUGUCAGAAAGUCAGCUGGGGCUAUCACUGCUGAGUGUACAUAUGCGUGUCACAAAUGCCAGAAUGGGAGGUAUGUGAAGGCUGGGAGUAAAAGAAGGAAAGCACAAUCACAGAAAAGUAAAAUAGCCUCAGUAAAUUCCAGGCCUGUGCGAUCAAAAAAGAACAAAAAGGCUUGCACAAGUGGACGUCUAGUAAGAGCACAAGACAAUCAACAAGUAUCUUCAUGCGUACCUCUGCGACGUUCAGCCAGGAAAAUUAAGUGCAAAUCACUGCAAGAGAAAAAACGUGGAAGAGGCAAGAAAGGAAAACAGAGCAAAUCUAAAAAAGCUACGUCGAAACCAAGGAAAGGUGCUUCAUGGCAGAAAAAGAGGACAAAAGUUUGUCAUUCUUACUGGCUAAAUGGUCUACAUUUUUCUGGAAAGCCAAAUGAUGAAAGAUUGAUGCAUUUUAGGAGAGAAAAACUUCUCGUCUCAUCUGAACAUGCUGCUGAUGUCGUUGACCUACCUAAAUGCUGUCUUUGUUGUGAAGCUGGAUAUACAUCCAAAUCAAGUUUUAUUUCCUGUGACAUUUGUGGAGAUUGGUUUCAUGGAGAUGCUUUUGGACUUGAUGUGGAAAACAUUGAUAAUCUCAUUGGGUUUAGGUGCCACAAAUGCUGUAAAAGGUCUCCUCCAGUCUGCCCCCAUUUGCAAGUUCUGAAAAGUGAUGUUGCCCAAUUUGAUGAGAUGAAGAGUAAAGCAGGGCCCAUGUGUGUUCAGGAAGUAUCUACUGUUAUUUCACCUCCAAGUGAGGUAUUUUUGAAUCAGAAAUCUCAUUCAGCUGACGAACUCCAAGGUUCAUAUUUCAUUGAUAGGCCUAUUCCUGUGGUGCAGCAAUUAGUUGCGGGUCCCAGUUCAAAUCAAGAUUCUAUGACAAAAUCUAAUUUGGAAGAAGGUAAGGAGCACCUGCCCGCUAACGAGCAGAAAGCAGAUGCAAAUCAAAAUUCUGGUUGUAAGGAUUUGAAACCGGAUUUAUUAUGUGAACCCAGUGGGAGUCUCAUUUUGGAAGAGAAUACAAACAGUUCAGGUAAAGAAUCUGUUGCUGUUGUUGAUGUGGAACUCUCAGCAUCUAAGCCUGAUGUGGAUGUCUUAGACAUGGAAUUGAAAUCCUUAGCGCAUAAUGAACCAGAGAAUGCUUUGGUGAAGACAACCAUUUAGAACUCACUGGUGGAUGGUACCUUAGUUAACUUUGCUGAUUUACAUUUGCUUACAAGCAUGACAUCAGGUGAUUUGGUAGAGAGAAAACAAUAUACAAUGGACUAUCAACCUAUCCCUCAGCUGAUGUAACAAGCUGCCAAUACCAUAGAGGCUAGAACCGCUCAUGGUUCUUCUAAUGUUGUUGAGAUGCGUGGCAGAAAGCUAUAUUGGGAUUUUUCAUUUAAAAAUGAAAAAAAUUAAAAUAAAUAAAGAGUUGAUUUGAGGAUGUAAUUUCCUUCCAUUCAUAUAAUUUUGAUUCGCUUGAAAAGAUUGCUCCUCCUUGUAACAUUCGUGUUAUGGUGGAAACUUGAGCAUGGCGGUGCCUUUGAUAAUGGUUCACAUAUGGGUGAUAUUUGUUACUAGGGAAGCUCAUCUGGAAGGAAUUUUUGAAAUUUAGCAGUGCAGAUUUUUUUGACGCAAGUUACUGAUGUUCUUUUUGGGUCUCAUUUUAAUGAGACAGCUUCUUAUGAUGUCUGCUACAUCAAUACUUUAAAAUGGUUCAAUUGAUUAUGGAAACUUGAAGUUUUCUAUAACAAACUCAUGGAAGCUUAAAGGCUCUUUGAGUAGCUUUCAGUUGGUAUUAUGAAGGCCCACCAUCAAUAUUCUUUAUCCAAGUGAGUAGUGCAAAUUUACAUUUGGCAUUGACAUUGAUCAAUCUCAUGAUUCAGAGAAGACAACCUUGUAUUCCCUCAGUUUCCUGACACAUUCCUCUCUGUCAGAUUGAAGUGCAGUUGUAUCCAUCAUCUGUAAAUGUUGACCAAAUGGCUAUUGCUCAUGUGAUUUAGUUUCCGGAGUAGUAUCAUUUUCUUUUUGUUUGUGCCGGGCAUAAUUUUCUAACUGAAUGCUUCUGUUAACUUGUUGAAUUGUUUUAUGUACCUGCAAAUCAGGUUGUUAGACCUAGAUGAAGGUUAUUAAAUUUCAAUGUGUAUCUUUGUAAAUCCUAAAUGAAGUUAUUGCUUUCAUUCC